AUGGCCAGCGCUGGUCUGCAGCUGGUGGGCUACUUCUUGGCGUUGGGGGGCUGGGUGGGCAUCAUCUGUGCCUCUGCGCUGCCCCAGUGGAAGCAGAGCUCCUACGCCGGAGAUGCCAUCAUCACUGCUGUGGGGCUCUACGAGGGGCUAUGGAUGAGCUGCGCCUCCCAAAGCACCGGACAGGUCCAGUGCAGGCUCCACGACUCCCUCCUCGCCCUCGACGUUCAUAUCCAGAUGUCCCGGGCCCUUAUGGUGGUCUCGAUCCUCCUGGGCUUCGUGGGGGUCAUUGUGAGUGUCAUUGGGAUGAAAUGCACCAAAGUCGGGGAUGAGAAUCCUGUGGCCAAAAGCUGGAUUGCUGUUUUGGGGGGUGUCUUCUUCCUACUGGCAGGUCUGUGCACAAUGACCGCGGUUUCGUGGUACGCCGCAAGGGUGACCUACGAAUUCUUCAAUCCUAGCACGCCAGUGAACGCAAGGUACGAAUUUGGACCGGCUCUCUUUGUGGGUUGGUCGGCGGCCAGCUUGACCCUCCUGGGAGGCGCGUUCCUGUCCUGUUCUUGCCCCAAACCCGAAGACAGAGGACAGCAGUAUUACCGGCAGUCCCAGCCUUCGACCGCAAGAGAACCCACUGUAAAAAGGGGAGAGCAAAACGUAUAAUGUCGGCAAGGGAAGCGACACGGUCCCGCGCUUUUCCUUCCAGAGGGACCAAAAUGGCUGUAAGCCAGGACAUUUAUAUAUAUGUGUAUAUUAAAAAAUCCCCAAACAGUGCCCUGAGAUUCCUUUUUCCAUGUCAAGCUGCCAAAUGAAACCAAAUCAAAAAUCAGGAGCACAACGCUGAAUGGGAUCUGCUCUUCUUGUACUAUAAAUGCUGCAUUAACAUUUCCCCUGGUACUGUACUGUCUUUAUAGUGUUCAAAGGAUGGCUCUGGUUAUUAUUAUUAUUCUGUUUUUAAAGCCGACA